AUGACCCGAACCGAGGCAAAGAAAUGCCCCGCCAUGGGCCAUGCACUCUCGUCAAAAUCCAGCAUCGGGCCCAAGGAUAUUUACACUCUGGAGGCAUUGUCCCAUUUCAAUCGAGAAAAGAUACCUGAACGAGCCGUUCACGCUCUGGGAUCCGGGGCUUACGGGGAGUUUGAGGUGACACACGACAUCUCGGAUAUUUGCAACAUUGACAUGCUCCUCGGGGUCGGCAAAAAAACGCCGCUGGUGACACGCUUUUCCACGACUGGUCUGGAACGGGGCUCUUCAGAUGGGGUGCAAGACCUUAAGGGCAUGGCCACUAAGUUUUUUACGAAAGACGGGGAGUGGGAUUGGGUUUUUCUCAAUUUCCCUUUCUUUUUCAUCCGUGAUCCCGCCAAGUUCCCCGAUAUGAUUCAUUCGCAGAGAAGGGACCCCCAAACCAACCGGCUGAACCCUAAUAUGUUCUGGGACUUCGUGACGGACAAUCACGAAUCGAUCCAUAUGACGUUGCUACAGUACAGUGACUUUGGCCGAAUGUUCACCUGGCGCACGUUGAGCAGUUACGCAGGACAUGCAUUCAAAUGGACAAUGCCCGACGGCUCGUUCAAGUACGUCCAUUUCUUUUUGGCGUCGGACCGUGGGCCCAACUUCACGGAAGGUGCCGGCGCGACCAUGGAUCCUAGCGACCCUGACUUCGGAAGUAAAGAUCUCUUUGAGGCGAUCGAGCGAGGUGGUGGAUCCGAAAGACGCGCCCCGUUUAGGAUUCAAUAUUUUGGACGUCACCAAGCACUGGAACCUGGGCACGUAUCCCCAGGGCCUGGAAAAAUUCCCUGCCGACCUUUCGGCAAGCUCACCCUGAACCGUAACGUGACGGACUAUUUCACCGAGGUCGAGCAGCUGGCCUUCUCACCGUCGCACAUGGUUCCGGGCGUCGAGGCCUCCGAAGACCCGAUCCUGCAGGCCCGCAUGUUUGCAUACCCCGACGCGCAGCGGUAUCGUCUAGGGGCUAUCCCACGAGCUCCACCGAGUCGCAUGCCGUCGGCCCUAAAGUCGGAGGCCGAGCUGGGACAGGAGUUCGCCGAGUGGGUCGCACAGGUAUCUUCGGAUGAAUGGUCUGGCUCUCACGAGGAUGAUUACAAGUUUGCCCGGGAGUAUUACGAAGUCCUUCCGGACUUUCGGAGUCAAGAUUUCCAGGAUCGAAUGGUGGACAGGAUUGUUGCGUCGGUGUCGCAGACCAGAGAGGAAAUCCGAGAUAAGGUGUAUCGCACUUUCGCCCUUGUGUCCUCCGAGUUGGCCCGCAGGGUGAGGGACGGGGUUGAGAAAUUUGAUGACAGUAGUAAGGUACAAGUUACACAGUCGAGGUUGUAG